GACUAAAAUGAUAUAUUGGAUUAAUUUAAACAGAGUCGUUUGGGAAUCGGAAACGGUGGUUUCAUUCAUUGCGUUGAGUCCUUGGUUGUUGUGGCGGCUGAGGCUGAGCCUGAAACUCAAGCAUCACUGCAUCUAUACAGUAUACCUGUAUUACCCAAUUCUCUAAAACUAUAUUGCAGCUCUUUAUCUUUCCAAUUCUUCUUCCUCUCCCUUUGUUUGCUACAGCUCCCAGUUUCUUCUACAUCUUCGAGCUUCCUAUUUUAUCCAUUUCCAUAGAGAUAUGGACGAUGAUUUACCUGCUGGAAUAGAAAGUAGUGGCCGAAGAAAGAACAGAAAAAAGAGGAAAACUGGUAGUACAUUGGGCACUAGGGAGGAGGCUACACCAAUAGAGACCGCGGUCAAUGUUGAUACAAAGGAGGCAGCGGAGAUCGAUGUUAAAGCAGAGGAGGCUACCGAGGUCAUUAAUGACACAAAGGAGGGGAUGACUGAGGCCAAAGUUAAUACAGAGUUGGUGCCAACUUCAACAAAAAAGAAAAGGAAAAGCAAAAUAACACCAAGUAGAGGUGAUAACACUAAAAUUGAAAGCACAAAUCAUGAGAACAUCUCACUGAAGAACAUUGAUUCUGGAGGAGACUUGCAUUCAGAAACUGGUAGUGCAUUGGGCUCUAUGGAGGCUACACCAAUAGAGACUGCAGUCAAUGUUGAUACAAAGGAGGCCGCCGAGAUCGAUGUUAAAGCAGAGGAGGCUACUGAGGUCAUUAACGAUACAAAGGAGGAGAUGACUGAGGCCAAAGUUAAUACAGAGUUGGUGCCAACUUCAACAAAAAAGAAAAGGAAAAGGAAAAAAACACUAAGUAGAGGUGAUAACACUAAAAUUGAAAGCACAAAUCAUGAAAACAUCUCACUGAAGAACAUUGAUUCUGGAGGAGAAUUGCAUUCAGAAAUUGGUAGUGCAUUGGGCUCGAUGGAGGCUACACCAAUAGAGACUGCAGUCAAUGUUAAUACAAAGGAGGCAGCCGAGAUCGAUGUUAAAGCAGAGGAGGCUACUGAGGUCAUUAAAGAUACAAAGGAGGAGAUGAUUGAGGCCAAUGUUAAUACAGAGUUGGUGCCAACUUCAACAAAAAAGAAAAGGAAAAGGAAAAAGACACUAAGUAGAGGUGAUAACACUAAAAUUGAAAGCACAAAUCAUGAAAACAUCUCACUGAAGAACAUUGAUUCUGGAGGAGACUUGCAUUCAGAAACUGGUACUGCAUUGGGCUCUAUGGAGGCUACACCAAUAGAGACUGCAGUCAAUGUUAAUACAAAGGAGGCAGCCGAGAUCGAUGUUAAAGCAGAGGAGGCUACUGAGGUCAUUAAAGAUACAAAGGAGGAGAUGAUUGAGGCCAAUGUUAAUACAGAGUUGGUGCCAACUUCAACAAAAAAGAAAAGGAAAAGGAAAAAGACACUAAGUAGAGGUGAUAACACUAAAAUUGAAAGCACAAAUCAUGAAAACAUCUCACUGCAGAACAUUGAUUCUGGAGGAGACUUGCAUUCAGAAACUGGUAGUGCAUUGGGCUCUAUGGAGGCUACACCAAUAGAGACUGCAGUCAAUGUUAAUACUAAGGAGGCAGCCGAGAUCGAUGUUAAAGCAGAGGAGGCUACUGAGGUCAUUAACGAUACAAAAGAGGAGAUGACUGACGCCAAUGUUAAUACAGAGGUAGUGCCAACUUCAACAAAAAAGAAAAGAAGGGGAAAAAAGUUAAAGAGUGGUGAUAGCACUAAAAUUGAUAGCACAGAUCGUGAAAGCGUCUCACUGAAGAGCAUUGAAUCUGGAGGAGACUUGCAUUCAGAAUCUGUAGUUGGUAUUAGUGGAGAGACAAGUUUGGGGGGGUGCUCCUCAGAGCCUAUAGAUAAGAAUGAGCCUGAGGACAACAGGGAACUGAGACGUUCAAGAAGGAAUAAUAAGGGUGAACAAACUAAAACCGUCAGCCCAGAGAGAAAUAAUACUGAGCAUGAGAAUCUGAAUGGUGCCACUUCAGAGUCUACUUCCAAAGAGAGAGAACAACAGCUUGAGGAUGAUCCUAUUGUUGACGGAACUGCAAAUUUGGAAAGUCCCAUACGUAAUGCAGACAAUGACUCCAAGGGAAAGAAGAAGAAAAAGAGACGGAAAAAGAACAAUGAGCUGAAUGACUGUGAAUCUAUUGAUAAACUUCAUGAAGGUACUGAUAUGAAGAAUGUUGCAGGGUCAAACUCAAGUGAUACAAAGAGGAUAUCUCCAACCAAUGAUGAGCAAAUUGGUUUUUCCAGUGGAGUAAAGACUGCUUCUGUAAUGAAACAGGAUGACUGCAUUGAGGUUUGUGGUCACAAUCCUGAAAUUCAGGAAAUUAAAACGAACAAGAGGAAGAAACAAAAAUGUCAUCCAGAAAAAAGGAAGUCAUCUGAAUUAGGAAAUACUAGGGAUCUCGUGGAGGAUAAUAAACAGGCUGUAGACAUUUUAUGUGAGAAAGACUCUGUUAACCAUUCAGAUACAAAGGAUAUUUCUCCAAACACUGAUGAGAAAAGUGGUUUUCCAAGUGGAGUAAAUACUGCUUCAAUAAUGCAACAGGAUGGCUCCACUGAGGUUAGCCAUGUCCCUGAAGGUAAGAAAAUUGAAACGUACCAGAGGAAGAAACCCAAACAUCACCCAAAAAAGGGAAAUUCAUCUGAAUCAGGAAGAACAUUGGAACUGGCUGUGGACAAUAACAUUGAUGACACUUCAUCUCAGAGUUUGGUUGGAAAUAAUACAUCUGGAUUUGUGGAAAAUAUUGGAACUACAUCCUCUGUAAUAGAGGCUGUCUCACAACAGGCUGUUGACAUUUUUUGUGACAAAGACUCUGUUAACUGUUCAGAUAUUAAAUCUGCAUCGCAGAAAAGGAAGAAGGUUAAAAAAACGAUUGAUAAAAGGGAUAGUGCUUGUGGAAACGAAACUCUGAAUGCUAUGAUAGAUGUUUCUGAGGAAAGUUAUGAUCAGAAGAGUGGCAAAAAUCUUGUGAGGGGACAUGAUGCAUUAAAUCUAGAUGGAAAUGAUUGCUGCAAGAAUAAUGGUGAUCCUAGUGAUGGUCCUAGUGAUCUCCUGAAUUUAGACACUGUCAACGUAGAUACCACGAUGGAAGAAGCCCCUUCAUCACAAAGGAAUGAAGCAAAAGAUGGAAUUCUUUUGGAUGCUACCACUGAAGAAGGCAAUCUUUUUCACAUACCUGGAUCCUUACCGGAAAGAAAAUUGGUAUCCCGUUCUCAGAAGAAGCUACUGAUCCUUGAUGUAAAUGGGCUUCUUGUUGACUUUGUUAGUAGUGGGUACAGGCAAUUUAGACCUGACAUAACCAUAUCAAAAAAAGCAGUUUAUAAAAGGCCUUACUGCGAUGAGUUCAUAGAGUUUUGCUUUGACAAGUUCAAUGUUGGUGUAUGGUCAUCAAGAAUGAAGUGGAAUAUGGACAAGGUGAUAGAGUUUCUUUUUCGAAAGUCCAGACACAAGUUACUCUUUUGCUGGGACCAGUCUCACUGUUCUGCUACGGGGGCUAACACUCUUGAGAAUUAUAAUAAACCUUUGGUCUUCAAGGAACUUAGGAAGUUAUGGGAAAAGCUGGAGCCUAAUCUUCCAUGGAAAAUAGGAGAGUAUGAUGAGACAAAUACACUAUUAUUGGAUGAUUCACCAUAUAAGGCUUUACGCAAUCCGGCGAACACUGCAAUUUUUCCCAAGCCAUUUGAAUAUCUUGACAGAGCUGAUAAUUCAUUAGGGCCUGGUGGGGAUCUUCGUACUUAUCUCGAAGGCGUAGCUCUAGCUGACAAUGUUCAAAAGUAUGUAGAACAAAAUCCAUUUGGUCAACAAGCCAUUACGAAAUCACACAGUCAAUGGGGGUUUUAUCGUCAAUUUCUGAAGCCAAAGAAAACACUCUGAAAACAUUGCUGCUCCAUCUAUGUUCAUGGGAGUGGGAAAAGGAAUUUUUGAUUUUUGUUUUUCAGAAUCUCAUUGGAGCAAUUUAGGCAAUGAUAUCACAUAAUUCAUUUUACAAAUUAGGCUACAGAUAUAGACUAUAGUGCAUACCUUUGAAAUGUUUGGGGUCUUCUGCCACUUCACAACGUAGAUACGAAUGGUUUUUAUUCAUUGAUGGGAAAGAUGAUGACUCACCCGGAGAAGCAAUUGUGAGGAUUUGUUAGGCUAGUCUUUUAUAAUUCAAGAUUAACACAAGAAAAGUUCUUACUAAUCUACAAUUUUGUAUUCAUGAUAUUAUGUAGUAUUCAUUGUGACAGUAAAUUUUGUAUUUUUGGUA